AUGGGGGAUUACAUACAGCGCUGCCUGCAGGUAGCGCAGGCCGGCGACGCCGACGGUCUGGCGCAGCAGCUGGAUAAAUUUGCCCAAGCAUUGCAGCAGCCUGGCGGGGUGCUGCCGCCGCUGCAGCCGCUGGCCGACCUGGUGUCGCAGGCCGGCGGUGACGUGCUGACUGUGUCGCUGCACCGCCUGGCCGACCCCCGGGACCCUGCCACCACCCUGCUCGACAAACUGCUGCUGCGCCGGCGCUUCGAGCUUCUGGGGAAGUGCAUGGCGGCGGACGCGGCCCUCGGCCACGCCGCGCUGCUGCGCAUGACCACGUCCGGCGCCUCGGCUGCCCACGUGCGCACCGCCCUCGCGUCGCUGGCGGCCUCCGACGCCGCGGCCGGCUGCACCGCCGUGGCGGAGCGCUCGCGCACGCGGGGCAUGGGGUGGCCGCUGUGGCCGCCAAGCGAGUGGGCCGGCGUCGCCGCGAGCGCGACGCCCCCAAACAAGGCGCAGUGCUGCCUGUGGCAGGCGCUUGAGCAUUGCAGCAUGGAGGUUUUUGAGGAGGUGGGCACCACGCUCGUCGCGUCAGCGACGGACGCGGCCCUGGUGACGUACCCGGGGUUUGACCUCAUGGCGAUCUACCCCGACGGCUCGACGCUGCUGCACCGCUGCGCUGAGUUGCUAGCGGAGGGGCGCCACGCGGACGCCGGCGAGAAGGCGGCGCGACUCGUGCAGCGCGCGCAUGUGCAGCCGGCGAGGCCGCAGGACUUUGUGGCACGGCAUCAGCAGCAGCAGCACCAGCAGCAGCAGCAGGGGGGGCAUUUGGACGACACAGGGCCGAGCACCAGCAGUGGCAUGCCCGCCGAUCGCUGGACCGGGGCCAGGCCGCCCUGGGUGGGGGUUACUCAAGAAGAGCUGUGGCUAGAUGCCCUAUGGGAGAAGAGGACGGCGCUCUCUAUGCUGGUGGACGGCAUGUUCCAUCAGGAGCGGCUGGAUGCGCGCCAGCUGGACGCAAAACGGCGCCUGGAGCGGGCAAAGGAGAGCGAGCAGAUGGGGCGCCACAAGUACAGGCGCAACAAGAAGAGCCGCCUGCAGAAGGCCGCGGCCAGCGUGGGCGGGGCGCUGGGCGGGGCGCUGGGCGCGGCGGGCGCGGCGGUGGGGGGCGCCGUCGGCGCGGCGGUCAGCGGCGCGGUAGGCGGGGCGAUGAGGGGGCUGUUUGGUGGAGGGGAGGGCUCGCAGGCCGGGGGCAAAGACAAUGACGAGGAGGCGGAUGAAGAGGGCAGCAGCGAAGAGGGCAGCAGCAGCAGCAGCGAGAGCAGCAGCAGCGAUGACGCCAUCAGUGAGGACAGCGAGGGGGGCGACGCGUCUGGCGAAGGGGCGGGGGCCGAUGAGGGCCCCGGCAAGGGUGGCGCCAGCACCAGCGGCGAAGACGCGGGCCAGGCGGCGGAGUCAACAGAGCCCGGCGCCGGCGCGGCGGCUGGGUCCAAGCCGAAAUAUGUGCAGCUGUCUUAUGCGACGUGCGCGGUGCGCUGCCGCGAGGCCGCCGUGGCGCUGCUCAAGGCGGGCGCGGACCCGCUGGUGGUGACGCUGCCAGGGGCGGCGACCCUCAAGGCGCAGGGGCUCUUGCAGUCGGAGAACGCCGUGGCCGCGGAGAGCGCAACCCUGUACAACCGCAUGUCUGCGUGGGUCAGCAAGAAGGUUGUGCGCACCGGCGGCAAGGUGGGGUCCAACGUGCUGCUGCUGCAGGAGGGCGACAGCCAGGAGACGUGCGUGCUGGACGCGCUGGUGGCCGAUCCAGAAGACAGAGUGGUCAAGGACAAGAAGGCUGAGAAGAGGGCGGAGAAGAAGGCGCUGGAAAAGGAGGCCAACUGGCAGCGCAAGGUGGCUGACAUCCAAAAGAAUUCACAACACCAGCAUUUCAGGGCCGGUGACCUGGGGCACGGCGGCCUGUCCAAGGUAUUGGAGUCCAAGGAAAAGAUCGAGUCGUCCAGGUUUGUGGCCAACGAUCUCGAGGCGGCGGCGCUGCACGGAGCCGUGCGGCGGGCGUGGCGCGACCGCGUGAAGUGCUCCCGCCUGAAGUUGCGGCUCAUGAGGCACAUGAAGCCCAAGGUGGCGGAGUACCUGGCUGAGAACCUGCUCGACCCAAAGGACGACCCGCUGCCAGGGGCACUGGCCAGACAGGGGUUCGAGCCGCCCCUGAUCACUGAGCUUCGGGGCAUCAGCCCCGAUCCGGCCCGUGUCAAGUACCUGAUCGGCCGCCUGAUGCACAGCGAGCGCGACGACCCGCGGCCGCACAGCAACCCCCUGUGGGUCGCCCUCGGCUGCCAGGCCGCGUGCGCCCCCCAGAUCGUGUCCGAGGUUGCGGCCUCGAGCGACCUGUCGACGCCGCUGCUGGCGGCCGGCGGCGUCGCACGCCCGGGCACCGCGCUGCACCACUGCCUUCGCCAGCGCCCCGCCGCGCUUGGGACGCUUCUGGCGGCGCUGCCGCGCGUGCGGCGCGCGCACGACGCGCGGCGCCGCGCGGCGGCGCUGGAUGCUGGGCGCGAUGGCGGGUGCGGAGGGGAGACGCCGCUGAUGCUCGCGCUCAGGACGGGCCAGAUUGGCGCAUUCAGAUUACUCGUAUCUGCAGGGGCGGACCCGCUUGCGCCGAGUUUGGUCUGUAUAUCCGAGGAUACAAAUCAUGAGGACAGCGGCGCCGACAGCAGCGGCGUCAACAACGGCGUUGCGGCGGCGUCUGCACAGGCGUGUGACCUGCAGGCGGCCGCGGCGGCCGGGCCGCCGCCGCGGCGCAGCACCCCGAUGCACGAGCUGCUGUACACAAUGCACUGCGCGACGCUCCCGCCCGACGCGCCGGCGCCGUCGCCACGCCCGGCGCUGGACGGCCGCGCCGCCGACGCCGCCGACGCCGCGCGCCGUGCGGAGCACCAGGAUCCCGUGGCGUGGGCGCACGCUGGCGCGGAUGAUGUCGACAGCGACGGCAGGGUCGAUUGGUAUGGCGCCGUGACGCACGUGCUAGGGGUGCUAGAGGAGACUGCGGGGCUGAGCGAGCGCCUGGCGAUGACUCAUGAUGACGAAGGCAACAACCUGCUGCUCUUCUGCCUGGUGCGCGCCACCUCAGCGCGCGACUUCAUGACCCCCUGGCUGCUGCGCCACGGCUGCCCCUUCACGCGCCGCAACGCGGCGGGCGAGUCGCCGCUGGGCGUGUGCCUGGCCCUCAGGGGGUCCCUGCGGGAGGCAAAGAGGUGGCUGCACGAGAUGAUGACUGCGUGGAGCCGGCAGGCCCUGCUUGAGGUCCUGCCCCCCUCCAACAUCACCCUGGAAGACCGCGCCGCCACGCUCACGUUCCUGGAGACCAAUUCGGCGAUAACGCUGGUGCCAUAUGCAACAGACUUGGAGGUUCAUGAGGAGCUGCUCAGGCGGCGCAGCACUGACCUGUCAAUCCUGCUGCUGCAGCACGCGCAGCGCCUGGGGGCCGCAUCCCUCUUCGCCGAAGCGCCCCUGCAGGACGCCGCCGGCGCCCUCACGCCCCGCCAGGCGGAGCUGCUGCUGCAGCUCGGCUGGGACGUCAGCCGCAGCCACGGCGGCCGUAAUGCGCUGCACGCGGCGCUGGCGGGGCCCGCGUGGGCGGAGGACGCCGCGGUUGCGGCGGAGGCGUACGCGGUGCUGCUACGCACGGCGCCGGGCGACGCAUUGCUGGCCCAAGACAAGCGAAAGGGGCCCGCGGCCGGCUCAGCAACAGGCGCGGGCGCGGCGGCGGCGGGCCCGGUGCGGGCGACGCUGUCAACCCCGCUGCACCUGCUGGCCUCGACGCCGGGCGCGGGCGCGGAACCGCGGCGGGCAUUGCUGGUGGAGAUGCUGGGGCGGACCGGAGAGCGCGCGUCGCCCGCGGGCGGUGCGUUCGUGUCCACGGUGACGGGCAAGCCGGCGGGUCUGUUGGCGCAGCGGGUCGGCGCCUGGGCGCCCGCCGCCCGCCUUGCGGCGUUCGCUGGUUGCUCGCUUUUCUCUUGA